AUGUAAUGAUUACUCCAAUUGUUUUAAGUACAUAUAAACAAUAUAAGAAUCCUUAUGGUGCACUGUUCUUUCAAAUUAAUUUAAGAAGAAGAUCGAGAACUAUUAUUUAUAAAAUGAAGACAAAUUUACAAAGUUUUAUACUCUUAUGCAUGUUCUUAUACAAUUCAGCACUGGAUAAACAGUAUUUCUUUCCAUCUGGAAGUUCAAAUGGCGAUAUCGUUCUAGUAGAUGUCAGCAAUGGUAUCGGGUUGGACAGAAGUGACGAUGGUGCAUUUCCAGUGGACAUUGAACAUAUUCCAUUUUUUGACUUAGCAACAAAUACUAAAAUACAAAUUAGUCCUAAUGGAUACGUCGGACUGUUCGGUAGCCCUGUACUUGACCAGCCAUUUCCAACAGAUUUCCCAAGAUUGUUGUCAGUAUCACCGGCCAUAUCAGCUCCACAAAUCGCUAUUUUUCACACUGACUUACUGUUUACUUUCCAUAUGAUGUCGCAAUUAACAUAUCAAAUGCACACAACAGGAGCUGCUUUAAAUCUAGCAAAGACUGAUAUUAUGGCAUUGUUUGGACGAUCUUUCACGCCGACAAAGGUGUUAGUUAUAACAUGGAAGUAUGCAGAACCGUUUUCAAGUUUCCAAAACUCUCAAAAUGCUACUUUCCAAAUGGCUCUUGCAACCGACGACCAGCAAACAUACCUUUUUAUGCACUAUGGAGAAAUAAACAUCAACGAAUUUAGACCAACUGCUAUCGGCUGGCAAGAAGGCAACCCAUUAAAAUUCUUCCGCCAUCCUUUGACCCAGCUUCUUCCAGACGUUAAUAAUGUUUUGUCAUACAAACCGAAACGAUUAUCGACUGAAUCGAAUGUAGGAGUUCCAGGAAAAUGGAUAUUUCGUGUCGCAAAACCAUAUAUUGAUGUAACUGUCACAACUCCACCAACUGGAACACCAAUCCAAGUACCAACAUGCCCAACAUCUGACAGUAACGUAUGCAAUGGUAAAGAAGGAAACAUUGCCUUCCCAGGUCAAGAAAAUUUCUUCAUUUCAUGUUCUGCGGGACACCAACCGAUUUGUCAACCAUGUCCUAUUGGGUUAAAGUUUGUAGAGCAAUGUAAUCAAUGUCUUUUAUCGUUAGAUUCAGAUUGUGCGCCAACUUUAUCUCCAGUCACAGCAACAUUGCCAACCAUUCCUUUUAAUGGCUGUUCCCAAGAAAGAGCUAAAGCAUUUUGCUCUAAUAAACCAUCAGGUCGAUAUGCCAAUCCUUUCGAUAAUAAAGAUUCAUCAUUCUUCUGGUGUGUCGGUAUCGGAGCUUACUGUCAGCGGUGUGCACUUGGAACAGUAUUUUGUGCGACCGGACCUACUUCCGGUGUGUGCAAAUAAGCCUGCAAAGACAACACUUGGCGCUCUUAGUUAGGAUGUUAUGUAAAAUAGCCCUUUUUGUGUUGAUCACAAAUAUAAGCUAAUACCUUAUAUGGACAUUGAUAGUUACUUGUUUUUUUAUUUAACCAAUUAAUUAAGAUGUAUAUUAUUUAUAGUAACGAAUCAAUAGAUAAUUAUGCGAACUAGCUAUAAUUAUUCUUUCUUUUUUUCUCAACAUGGCGUACUUAGGUUAUAUUUUUUUCCCUGAGGCCCUGGCUUGACACAACAUUAUUGCUCCACGUCAAACGAAGCUGGUGUUAGAAUGAUUCAGCGCUUUUCUAACCAAAAGUAUUAAAAUUUUAUCACAUUUUUUUUUAAUUAGGAAGGUCUUUUCAACAUGAAAGUUUCCUCUGGCCGGUGAGGGAACUCACUAUUCUCAAUUAGGUAGCUAUUAAUUACACAGUAUUCGAAUUAUUAAUUUAGUGACCGAUGACAAAGAAAUUUUAUUAUACUUCGCGUUUUUUUUUUUUUUCGAAGAGGUUGUGGUGCAGGUGUAAUUGGUCACGCGACGAAUAUUUUCCAGUGACAAAAGUUUUUCGAAUUUAAAAAAAUUGCCACUCAAAUUCUUUCUUUAGACCAUAUCUUCAACCCUCGUUCCCUGUCCUAAGAUAACGUCUGCUGUUGCACAAAUUAAAAAUUUUAUUAUUGUGGGAAUUAAAGUCAUUACAUUUUGUUAACCACGUUCGCUGCGAAGAAGCAAAUAUCUCGUCUGUUUUCAUUGGCCUGUUCAGCAAAAAAACUCUAGCUUUCGCAGAAAAAUUCUGCCGAGAGUGGCCAAAGUUUUAUUCGUCGGUUUCUUUAAUAAGUAAGUUAGUAAG